GUAUAUAAAACAAAAAUAAAAUCUAGAAAAUAUUGUUUUUUUUAGAAAUGAAGAGAGUAUAUAGUAAGAUAUCUAAUAUAAUUUAGUAUUUUAUCACCAAAGGGUCUUAUGUUCCUUCUAUUCUAAUCAUCCCCUUGGAUUUUUCUCCUUUUUUGUUCUUUCUCUAAAUAUUUUCCCUAAAAGAUCCAUUUUUUCUUUGUUUCAGUCGCUCUUCUGCUCAAUUGAUAAGUUGGGUUUUCUCCACUUAUGGAAUACCAUUGAUCGAGUUAAGUCUCAGAAAUCGGCGAGUUCGUAACUUUGUUUCUGAUCUUUUGGAGAUUCACCUCUUUGCUCCGAUAAUGGCUGUCGCUGAAAAUGCUGGUGUGAAAGUGGACUCUUCAGGUCAGAAUUUAGACAACAACAACAACACCAACACUGAUUCUUCAGCAGCCGAGACGAAGCCGCCAUGUCCUGAUGAUCAGAGCCCUAAAUCUGAUUCCUCUCUUGACUCAUCGAAUCCUCCAACCGACGAUCGGACCAAUGAGACUGCCGAAAAGGGUCAGGCCGCUAAUGGGUUUAACGGAAAUGGUUUCGGAUUGAAUUCCGAGGAUGGCGAGAGAGGAGAAACCAACGGAGAGAGUCUGAAGAGUGAGAUCAAAACCUUGGCUGAUGCGUUUUCUAAGCUCAAUCCGUUGGCUCAGGAGUUUGUUCCUUCACAGGCUCGAGGUCAAUCUGGGGUUUUGGGAAAUGGAUUAGGGUUUACUAACAAUUUCGCAGAUGGGAAUGAUCAUUUUGCCAGAAAGAGAAGGAGCUUUAGCCAAGGGAGGAGAAGAGUGAACAAAAGAACCAGCUUGGCUCAGAAGGAAGAUGUAAUCAGGAGAACUGUAUAUGUCUCCGACAUCGAUCAACAGGUUACCGAGGAGAACCUUGCAGGUCUCUUUGUUAACUGUGGACAUGUUGUUGAUUGUCGUGUAUGCGGUGACCCAAAGUCGCUCCUCCGUUUCGCUUUCAUUGAGUUCACCAAUGAAGAGGGAGCUAGGGCUGCAUUGAGAAUGUCAGGAACGGUGCUCGGUUUUUACCCUCUUAAGGUGCUUCCUUCCAAAACUGCCAUUGCACCUGUUAACCCGACUUUCCUCCCGAGGUCUGAGGAUGAGCGCGAGAUGUGCGUGAGGACUGUUUACUGUACCAACAUUGACAAGCGGAUUACUCAAACUGACUUGAAAGGCUUCUUUGAAAUGCUUUGUGGAGAGGUUCAUCGUCUGAGGCUUGGAGACUAUCACCACCAAACCCGCAUUGCUUUUGUUGAGUUUGCAAUGGCGGAAAGUGCAAUUGCUGCUCUUCACUGCAGUGGUGUUGUCUUCGGCGCACUCCCAAUAAGGGUAAGCCCAUCAAAGACACCAGUAAGGCCGCACCCGCAGGUUGCUCGCGCUGAGGUCGCAGAGCCUGCCCGGGUAUCUUUGAACAACUUGAGAACUUUGGUCUAA